UCCUCGUUGUUCAAAUCCCUAAUAACGCUCUUCUUCUUCAGUUCUUCUUCAAUCCCUUGUUCUACUUCCCAUCCCUUGUUCGAAAAAGCUUUUGAAAUAGGAUCAGUGAUUAAGCGUUUGGAGAAAAAUUCACACCUUUGUACGCCGUGCUUCUUCAGCAGAAGAUCCCCAACGUUGCUGGCCAUAACCUCCGGCGAACCAUGGCGAAAAGAAGGAGAUGCCAUGAAACUGAACCUCGGGAAGCAAGAGUGGAGACUGAAGAAGAGUUGAGAAUUCGAAUGGAGCGAUUGGUCGCGAGAGCUGAGGCGUUGGAGAGCACUGUAGCUCAGCAAAAUCAGAGGAUCCACAACAACAUUUCGCAUAUGUUGAAAGAUAUUAAGUUACUCUUAGUUCAUGUCGCCGACUAAGGAAAGGAGCGUGGUGGAUUGGACAAGGCUUCCAAAGGAUCUGUUGGAGCUGAUUUCGAAAUCUCUCAAUUCUUUCCAUCUCCUCCAAUUCCGUGCCGUAUGCUCUUCAUAGCGGUCCGCCGCCGCCAAGCCCAAAUCGCUUCUCCCCUCACAUCACCUUCCGAGCCUCCCCCACAGCGUCUUCCCUGAUUCCUCCUCCUCAUCUUCAGGCUUCCUCCGCCUCUCACAGCGGAUUAUCUUACUUAUCAAGCCUCUCUGUCAUGAACAUGAAUCAGAGGCGGAGGAGGAUUCGAUUGGUGGAUGGCUGGUCAAAGUCGAGCAACAUCCUUAUCGUCCUUGUAAGUUGCAUCUCAUCCGUCCGCUUACUGAUAAUCCUGACACAAGUUUAUUUUGGUGUGGAAGUGACACAAUUGUCUUUCCUCCCCCAUUUCACUUGCCUCCUUGAUAUGACUAAGUUCAGUGUUCGCGAAUUGGGUCGUGAAUUCGUGCUCGAUGAUUGCGUCGAUGAUGCCCUUAAAGAACCUCAGAAAACUCUUGUCAAGUAUCUUGAAUAUGAUAGUGAUGAUGUGGAGUCGUCUAAGUUUGUGUUGCUUACGAUUCUCCGUUCUGGCAAGUUACUUGUGUUUACUUCUUGGGAUCAAUCAUGGAAUGUGAUCAAUGACGACGACAUGCCAGCCUUCUUCUUGUCAUUUUUGCGAUGUGAUCCUGUUCAAUGGCUGCUUCUUUGCCGUCGAGAAAAAUGGGAGGACUUUCUCUCUACAUCUCUCUUCUCUGAGAUUGACAUUGGCAGCAAAUCCUGUGUUUGGCGACGCCUACGACGGUGACGGUGACAAGAAGUUUCUUAUUGAAUCCUCCUCUGGUGGUGAUAUGUUGUUGGUUGAUAUGAUAAGCAGGCAACUUGAUUUGGAUGACCUUUCGGACUUCGAGUAUGAUGAUGUCGAGGAUCACGGUAAUGCCAUUGCAACUACUGAUAUAACCCUCAAGAUAAGAGUCUUCAGAUUUGUGCAAAGAGACCAGAGUUGGGUUCAGGUUAAGGAUCUUGGGGAUAGAAUGUUGUUCCUUGCUGAUAGUUCCACAUUUUCCGCUUCUGCUUCUGAUACUUUACCUCUUUAUGGAGCUAGUGUCUUCUUCCACGGUUUCAUCUUUAAUGGGACAGACCUUGGCAGUAUUGGAGAUAAGGAUGUGGCAGUGUGUGAUUUUAGGUCUCAGAAAAUGAAGCUGGUGCGCCAACACCCUCAAUAUGCCAACCUGUUUUGGCCUCCGCCUUCCUGGAUUAUUGAUAAGAUACCAAGUCCUAUACCACCUGAGAAGAUACCAAGUCCUAUACCACCUGAGAAGAAGAGACCAAGUGUUGGACUGGUGCCAGUAAGAAGGUCAGCUCGUCGAAGGUCUCAAAACAAGAAGUAUUUGGAUUAGUGAAGUCAAUACUUCAUUUUGGUUUCCUGAGUUACAUCAUCAAUGUUUUGAGUUUAGUCAUUUGUGUGAAUAGUAACCACCAAUAUUCUAUAACUCUAGAGUAGACCAUGUUAUUUUCUUUGCAAUUUA